UGGGGGUUGGUGGUGUUGCUAAGGGGAGGUAGUUUGGAGCAGUCAAGUACAAUGUCAUUCAGAGCAGAAAUCUGUGACACCCAGAGCAGUGUGUAGUGAUAGAGGACAGGAGGCCAGAGACCUGACUGACACGAAGGUGUUGCUUUGAGGCAGAAGCACAAAUCUUGACUGCAGACCCUGAGCAAAGACAAAACAUGGGAGUGUACAAUGAACAAGGGGCAGCCCUGGAGGAACCAGAGCCCCGCCACGUAAUGAUCAAAGAGACCAAAAGAGGCUCACCCCGCCGUCGCCGCAUGGCAACACCCCUCUCCCCUCGCAGACAGCACAGCAGGCUACCCCCCAAAGAUGUCUUCGAUGACAUGAUGUUUAUGGUCGGGGGAUGGACCCAAGAUGACCCAUCCUGUUUGGUAGAACAGUUCUGUCCUGAGUUCAAUGAGUGGAGAACAGCCGCACGCAUGGUCACCAAACGUGGCAAUGUGGCCGUGGGCACACUGGAUGGUAUGAUCUACACAGUGGGUGGUGAAGACAGCAUCAGAUGUUACAGCAGUGUGGAGAGAUACAACCCAGACACCGACAGCUGGAGUACAGAUGUAGCACCCUUGAGCUGCCCCCGCAGCGGAGUGUGUCUGGUGGUGAUGGACGGAUACCUGUACGCUAUUGGAGGACAUGAUGGUAUCGCUGCCAUAAAUACUGUGGAGAGGUAUGAUCCAAAAAUGAACACAUGGAGCAAGCAGGCACCAAUGCUUGCCCGACGCACCAAAGCAGUGGCUGCAGUGCUGGAGGGUAACCUGUAUGUGAUCGGAGGGAAUGAUGGUGAUAUGGCACUGAAUUCAGUGGAAAGAUACAACCCUGUAGACGGUACCUGGUCGAUAUGUGCCCACAUGCUGAGUCCAAGGGAGAACGCCGGCUGUGCCGUGUACCUGGGACACAUCUAUGUGGUUGGGGGCAAGGAUGAGCUCAACCUGGUGCUCUGCAGUGCUGAGAGGUUUAACCCAGACACCAUGAGGUGGACUCCUGUCAAGCGCAUGAGAAGCAAGAGGGACAACAUGUCUCUUGUAGUCUUCAAUGGUGCCUUACUUGCUGUGGGAGGCUCUGAUGGUGUCACCACUCUGAAAACAAUAGAAGCUUACUGUCAUGAAACCAACACAUGGAGACACUUUGGAAGCAUGAAGAGCAAGCAUCCAGGAGGCAGAGUGGCUGUGCUGUGCUGAGACUCGACAAUGCUUGCAUUAUAUGAACAGGACAGAGGUGUUAGAGAGAA